AUGGAUGCGAUUGAGAGCACCGAGUCCGCCGCCCCGUCUGCAAACAUGGUUGAGCCUAUAGCUCCCGGUGCUGGCGCGAAUCUAUUUCUCGAAGAUCCGCUAGGCGACGAUGAUAGAUCAAGCAGUUUGAGCGAAAUUGACGACGUAUCGGACAAUGAGCCCUUUGGCGAUGAGCCACUGCGCCUCCAGGAGAACCCCGUGGCUGAAGUCGACUCCGAAGCCGAAACCGAGCGACUAGAAGACUCUCCUAAUCACCCUCGCAACUUGAGAAACAUCAACCUAAGCUCCACAAACCGCUUUGAAAACAGUCCCAGCAAACUUGCACAAUCCACCACAUACGACGAGGUUGACGAGGACGACGAACAAGAAAUGGAGGAAACACCCAGCAAGCCUCGGCAAUUAUCCAAGGACAAUGGCGUCGUUGCUGAAGACGAGGAGGAAGAUGAUGAAGAAGAGGAAGAAGAGGAAGACGCAGUCGCAGAUGACACCGCGAAACAACUUCCACACUCCGAUGCAGUGGGUAAGAAGCGCAAGCGCCUUCAAUCAGCCGAAGACGUUGAAGCGGACUUUGGCGACAGUGAACCCCUGAGAAAGCGCCGUGCUUCCAUAAAGAGUGAUCAAGGUGAUGAACCUCCUACAGAGACACCGUUGUCUCGCGAGGGCUCGGAAGAUGCUAGUAAGCAUGAUAUCUCACACAAAGACAACAUGGCCGACGAAGGCCAAGACCUAGACGUUCCGGCUGUUUCAACUCGCGGUAAAAGAGGAAAGAAAGGAAAGCGAAAGGGAAGAAAGGCUAAAGAUGUGGAUGAGGAUGUUGAAAAUGGGGACGGUGCUCUUGACGGCACCGAAGACAAUCUACAAGAAGACGAAGAGAAUGGUGAAGUGGCUGAGGACGGCGAUGACGCCGAUGUUGCUGCGAAGACCGAAGAAGAGAUGGCCAAGAAAAUUGCUGCCAUCGAUGCCCUGGGGGUUCUAGAGAAAGAAUUCUCAACUCUACGUGACAAAAUUUACGAUGAGAAAAUAGCAAAGAUUGACCGAGAGUUGGAAGAGCUCACCAGUCCAGAACCCACUCACGCGGAAUUGGUUCGACAGCUGGACUGCGUGAAACUCCAUCGGGAUAAGAAAAUAAAGUAUGAGCGUACACUUUUUCAGUAUCGCCUUCAGUCUCUCCUGAGCCGCAGUCUGGCGGAUCGAGCUCAGACAUUCAGCACUUACUUUCAGCGUAUUCGGGACGCUCGAGAGAGACACUCUACCGCCGUCAGCAAACAGUUCUACGCCAUUCAGCAUGAUCGCUUCAAAACAGAGGAGCUCGGUGCUGACCACUACAUCCCCUUUCCUACGAGAAGAUCUCAACAAAUCUCUCAACAAGCGGCAUACAAUCAAGAAGUGUCUGUUAUGGCUGGUGUCGCCAAAUAUGUGGGCUUCCCAGCUGCGCCAUCUUUAUCAGCUGCCCGCGUCACUGAAGUCGACGAGGAUUUGGAUAAAAUGGGGAUCUCCAUUGAGCACCGACCUACGAUAGCUCCAAGUACCGGGCCUCUCCGAGGAUCUCUCACUUCCGGGGGUCCUCUUCGUCAUAAUGCAACAGAAGAAGGAUUCCAGGCCGCCUCUUCAUGGGCGAAUCAAAUUGCACAGACAAACAACAAACAUUUCUUGACCAACCUUGCCUCCUUCACGACUCCCGCAUCUCAGAAACGAGUUGUCGACAUUCAUGCCCCAAAUGGAUCAGCAUCUACCAUAGCAGACAAUGCAUCUGCAGCUAAUUCCUCGGCGGCGAAUACGCCAUAUGGUUUGGAAGGAGACAGAAUACCUCAGGGUGUCGCCCCAUAUACUACCCUUGACUACGAUACUUCUGGACGAAAAGCAGCAGCAGGCUUCCGAUCGCAAAGCUCGUCUCCACUUGAUGUGCGUAAGUCGCAAUCAAAUAAUCAAAGCCAUUUGGUCGAGAACACGAGGCAACAACAAGAAACCGGACACAACACGGGCUUUUCGCCGCCAGCGCGGUUUGGUUUAUUUGGUGCGUCGAAGCAGGACUCGUCGCCUCCGUUGUCCAACAGGCCGCUGGGCGGCAUUCAUUCUUCUGCGGCACUUGUCACAGGGUCAGGGUCAAGUCGAAUGACUGCCCGAUGA